AUGCCCGUAAAGAUUGGGCGGAUGAACAACAGGCAUACUUCGCACAGUGAGACUAAUGGAUAUUUUGAUAGUAAGGUGUUAUCCCGAACUCAUGCUGAGGUGUGGAAUGAAGGCGGCAAGGUGUUCAUCAAAGAUCUGAGAUCGAGCAAUGGAACAUAUGUGAAUGGUCGUCGGGUCGGCUUUGAAAAUAGAGAAAGUGAUCCGGUGGAAUUGAAAAAUAUGGACGUGUUGGAAUUCGGAAUUGACAUAUUGAACGAGGCCGAUCGUAGAUUAAUGUUUAAAAAGGUCUCAGCCGUGGUUUACAUUUCACCAUCGUUUGACGAUAGCUCACCCAAACUUACCAAUAAUAAUAGUUUUGUUGGAUUAAAACCAAAAGAGUACGUAUUGGAAUAUCAAUAUGCGUGGAUGUUGGAAUUUCAUGUGUGCGAAUCACUGACAACCAUAUUUAGAAUUAAGCGAACUAGGAACGGCACAUAUUCAGAACAAAGUAUGUCGAUCUAUGCGUGUUUGGAGAACGAGUUAUUACAUAGUCGGGAAGAAUCAAAUCGCCUGCAAGAGAUGAACGACUUACUAAACGGAGUUAAAAAUAUUUUAGACACAAAAAACAAAAAGACAUUUGUAGACGAAGAUUCUCAACCAUCAAAAAAGUUUGACGAUCAGCAAACCAAUGGUGAUCAUCGAACGGAAGGAUGCACAUAUGAUCGCCACGCAGAAAAAUGUAAAUAUGAACGACACAUGGAGUUGUGCGAGUCCCAUAGGGCAGAAUUGAUCGGAGAGUAUACACAAAAAAUAGACGAAUCCAUAAGGGUUGCCAAUGAAUAUAAAGAACGGUGCAGGAUUUUGGAGAAGCGCACAGAAGAAAUGGGGAUAAAAUUACAAGCAGUUAGGCAUGAUGAUGAUCGAUCAAGUGUUCAUGACCGUGAAAUUCAAGACAAAGGAUUGAAAAACAGAUCCCAGCGACAAUUUUCUUCUGAUAAGGAAGGAAAUAAUUUAGGGGGCUGGGUUGAAGAAUUGGAUUGGCAAGUAAACCAGGUUGAGAAGGAUGACUCGCCAACAUUGAAAAAUGAAUCAGAAAAGCAAGGCAAAGAUUAUAUGAAAGUCGGUAAAGAUAUCGAGAAGAAAUAUGAUGAUGAAGGAGCAAGAAAAAAAAUUCCAGAAAGAUGUGACGAAACUGAUCGAACAAUUAAGCAAAAAGAUCUUGAGAUUGCAACACUAAUAGAGGAAAAAAAUUUGUUGGUUGGUGAGAUAUUAGAAUACAAGCAGGAGAUCGAGCGCAUAAUAAAGACAAAAGAUGAUUACUUUAAUAGUUUCAUCUCGACGAAGGAUGAAGAGAUAAAAAAAGUGGAAGAGCAUUAUAAAGAAAUAAUAGGAGCCAAAGAUGAACAGUUGAACUUGGCCGAGUCGAUACUUCAAGAUCUUGCUACGAAAUAUAGGUGUUCGGAGGAGAAGCUUUUGACGAUCGAGAAGACAAACAUAAAGAUUAAUCAAGAGAAUGAAAUGUUGAACAUCUCAAACCAACAGAUGAAGAAUACAAUUAGUACAUUGGAAUUUCAGUUGAAGUUACUGGAAGAAUCGAAUCCUCAGAUGGUAGACUUCGUCAGUGAGCUUGGAAAGUUGAAUAAUGAGAAUGAGAUAUUGAAAUCGGCAAAUAAGAAUCUAAGAGAUGAAAAUGCCAAAUUAAGUUCGAAAAACGUGGAGGCAGCAAAGGAAAACGAUAGUUUGAGGAAGGAGAUGAUGUUAGGGUUUGAGAGAAUACGGAAAGACCUUCAAGUUGAAUUUUUGAAGAAGGUUGAACGUGAGGUGGCAAAACGAGUAGAGCUGAUUUCCAGUGCUCAAAUACAAGAUGGCAUUAAUAUUGUAAAUUUGGGUGACGGAGAAUUUAAUCGUUGGAACCUUCAUCAAUAUCACACAAAAAAGCCAUCUGAACCUACCAAGGAUUCCGAGUGGACAGGUGAGAAUGAAAUGAUAGACGAUAAGCUGGUUGAUGGAGUGACGACGACGAGCGACAAGGAAGUGACAGAAGAGAAAACGAAAAAUAAUGAGAUAGAGGCCGUACAAGAUGGAUGUAAUCAUAAUAUUAAGGGUCGGGCUAUUGUUGGUGGUAUGCUUGUGGCGAUGUGA